AUGCACCUUCUGCACACCUGCCCCCUCUGCUUCCUCCCUCAGUCCCUCCCUCAGUUCCUCCCUCAGUUCCUCCCUCAGUUCCUCCCUCAGUUCCUCCCUCAGUUCCUCCCUCAGUUCCUCCCUCAGUUCCUCCCUCAGUCCCUCCCUCAGUUCCUCCCUCAGUUCCUCCCUCAGUUCCUCCCUCAGUUCCUCCCUCAGUCCCUCCCUCAGUUCCUCCCUCAGUUCCUCCCUCAAUUCCUUCCUCCCUCAGUUCCUUCCUCCCUCAGUUCCUCCCUCAGUUCCUCCCUCAGUUCCUUCCUCCCUCAGUUCCUCCCUCAGUUCCUCCCUCAGUUCCUCCCUCAGUUCCUCCCUCAGUUCCUCCCUCAGUUCCUCCCUCAGUCCCUCCCUCAGUUCCUCCCUCAGUUCCUCCCUCAGUUCCUCCCUCAGUUCCUCCCUCAGUUCCUUCCUCCCUCAGUUCCUCCCUCAGUUCCUUCCUCCCUCAGUUCCUCCCUCAGUUCCUCCCUCAGUCCCUCCCUCAGUUCCUCCCUCACUUUCUCCCUCAGUUCCUCCGUCAGUUCCUCCCUCAAUUCCUUCCUCCCUCAGUUCCUUCCUCCCUCAGUUCCUCCCUCAGUUCCUCCCUCAGUUCCUUCCUCCCUCAGUUCCUCCCUCAGUUCCUCCCUCAGUUCCUUCCUCCCUCAGUUCCUCCCUCAGUUCCUUCCUCCCUCAGUUCCUCCCUCAGUUCCUCCCUCAGUCCCUCCCUCAGUUCCUCCCUCAGUUCCUCCCUCAGUUCCUUCCUCCCUCAGUUCCUCCCUCAGUUCCUCCCUCAGUUCCUCCCUCAGUUCCUUCCUCCCUCAGUUCCUCCCUCAGUUCCUCCCUCAGUUCCUUCCUCCCUCAGUUCCUUCCUCCCUCAGUUCCUCCCUCAGUUCCUCCCUCAGUUCCUUCCUCCCUCAGUUCCUCCCUCAGUUCCUCCCUCAGUCCCUCCCUCAGUUCCUCCCUAAUUCCUUCCUCCCUCAGUUCCUUCCUCCCUCAGUUCCUCCCUCAGUUCCUUCCUCCCUCAGUCCCUCCCCCCUAAUUCCUUCCUCCCUCAGUUCCUUCCUCCCUCAGUUCCUCCCUCAGUUCCUCCCUCAGUCCCUCCCUCAGUUCCUCCCUCAGUUCCUCCCUCAGUUCCUCCCUCAGUUCCUCCCUCAGUUCCUCCCUCAGUUCCUCCCUCAGUUCCUCCCUCAGUUCCUCCCUCAGUUCCUCCCUCAGUUCCUCCCUCAGUCCCUCCCUCAGUUCCUCCCUCAGUUCCUUCCUCCCUCAGUUCCUUCCUCCCUCAGUUCCUCCCUCAGUUCCUUCCUCCCUCAGUUCCUCCCUCAGUUCCUCCCUCAGUUCCUCCCUCAGUUCCUCCCUCAGUUCCUCCCUCAGUUCCUCCCUCAGUUCCUCCCUCAGUUCCUCCCUCAGUUCCUCCCUCAGUUCCUCCCUCAGUUCCUCCCUCAGUUCCUUCCUCCCUCAGUUCCUCCCUCAUUCCUCCCUCAGUUCCUCCCUCAGUCCCUCCCUCAGUUCCUCCCUCAGUUCCUCCCUCAGUUCCUCCCUCAGUUCCUCCCUCAGUUCCUCCCUCAGUCCCUCCCUCAGUUCCUCCCUCAGUCCCUCCCUCAGUUCCUCCCUCAGUUCCUUCCUCCCUCAGUUCCUCCCUCAGUUCCUUCCUCCCUCAGUUCCUCCCUCAGUUCCUCCCUCAGUUCCUCCCUCAGUUCCUUCCUCCCUCAGUUCCUCCCUCAGUUCCUCCCUCAGUUCCUCCCUCAGUUCCUCCCUCAGUUCCUUCCUCCCUCAGUUCCUCCCUCAGUUCCUCCCUCAGUUCCUCCCUCAGUUCCUUCCUCCCUCAGUUCCUCCCUCAGUUCCUUCCUCCCUCAGUUCCUCCCUCAGUUCCUCCCUCAGUUCCUCCCUCAGUUCCUCCCUCAGUUCCUCCCUCAGUUCCUCCCUCAGUUCCUCACUCCUUAUGCCCCUACCUCUGCCCCAACGUUGUUUUCGCACCAGCCUAGCAGCCACGUCCUUGGUAGCGAGGAUGUAGUCGGGCACCAGGCACACCUGCCCCCUCUCCUUGUGCCCCUCGUCACUUUCCCUACCAUCCCCUCUUCUCCCUAUCCCUGUCCCUUCUCCCCCUCUCCUCUCACCAGCCUAGCAGCCACGUCCUUGGUAGCGAGGAUGUAG